UACGAAUAAAAGAAAAGCUCUCAGAUUACAACAAAUGGUGUACAUACAAUGCAUCGCUUGUCAGCCCCAGAAAAGUGGAAUGACAAAAAAAUAAGUGGAAUGACCUUUGCAACCCUUUGCAAGGGUACCCCUUAGUAAUCUUGGUGAGUGUGACUCAGUAACAGUUCAUCAUGGGCCCAUUAAUUAUUACACUCAACGGCCCAUGAUCCGCAUGUGCUUUUGCGCUGUGAGCAUACCCGCGUCCAGACCAGUCAGCGAAGCAAAAUGACCGAGGAAGGAUCACCUAAAAAAAAAAUGACCGAGGAAGGCAGGCACAUCGCCGGCGAGCCCAUCCGGCCGCCGCGGCUGGAGGAUGCGGGCCUGGAGGACUGCGCGCUCCCGACGGAGUCCAUCGCCGAGGCUUUCUCCCUUGCAGCGUUGGCCGUCUCCUCCCGCCUCCCCCACCUCCCCCUUUCCGAUGACGAGGACGACGAUGACCCGCUCGCGCCUCGUGGAGGCUGCGUGGAGGACGCGGGACCCACCUGCGGGGUCAUUCCCAACGCCCUUGUUGGCGCGAGGGGCGGCAGUGACGGCGGCGCCGACGAGGUCGUCGUCGGGCGCGGAGACAGGGUUGUUGUGAUCGGCCAAGAGCUGGGACAGGAGAAGGGUUGCGCCGAGGGGACCGGAGAAGGAGAGCAGCGGAAGGAGGAGGAUGAGAUUGUGGAGAAGGCUGUCUUGGUGAGAGAUUUCGCGUGAGCUUUUCUUCUAGCUUCAUGAGAAGAUAUCUCCCUAGUAUUUGUUGUUUCUUUGACUUGUACUAGAUCUUGAUUCAACGAUCAGAUGACACUAUGUUAGUCUCUUUGGUAUGGUGGAUUGGUGGCAAGCUACUUAGCAUCAACGGUAUUCGACUUAGUGCGUUGCUGAUGAA